AUGAUAGACGUCACUCCAGGACGAUCGCCAGCCGUCACGUCGAUUACGAUUUAUUAGCAAUACCAGCUGUCAAGGCAUCGAUUGCGAGCGCUUUUUACCGUUUGUCUCGGGCUCGAGCAGGUCUCGCGUCCUGUAAACGCAUACCCGUCCUCUCAGGAAAAGUUCUCGCGAUUUAUAGUCUCGUAAUUACGUCGUGCAAAUCUGAUCAGAAAUGGACAGUAACGCCCGUCAUAAUACGUCACCUCAAGCAGAUACUGGUGGCGAAACAUCAAAUCAAAACGAAAUUCCUACGGUUACUGUAGCAAUGCCAUUUAUGCAAGUUGACAUGCUUGGACAUUCUGGAGCGUCCACUGCUGCACAUUCUAUAACGACAAACCGAAUGGCUGAUGGGGAAGAAAUUCCACCUCCGAAACUAGAUUUCUCUGCACCACCACCUUAUGAAGUAGCUACAAAAUUACCCAGUUAUGAAGAGGUUCAGCGUGAAAAGACUCUACAGGGAGAGCCACAACCUCAAGUACACAUGCCAGGAAAUAUUAGACCACCACAACAGCCUUUAACAAUAUUGGCAAUAGAUACUGAAGCUGCGGAAGGAGAUCCAGAAAGUGGGCUACUUGGCACAGAUUUUAUGUUCUUCACAGCGUUUCUUGUCGCAUUUUUAUUCAACUGGAUCGGAUUUUUAUUACUGAUGUGUUUCUGUCACACUAUUGCUUCUCGUUACGGUGCACUAGCUGGCUUUGGACUGUCUCUUACAAAGUGGACACUCAUUGUUAAACACUCUACCGAUCUUGCUUCGCGAGAGAAUUCAUGGCUGUGGUGGUUGAUAAUGGCAUUUGGUGUUCUAAUUUGUGUACGUGCCAUCAUUCAAUAUUUAAACAUCAAACGAGGAUGGAGGUUACUCUCUGGAAGCGCACAGGAGCGUUUACUUUUUUUCUAUUAAAAAAAUCUGCACCUUUUUUUCUUUAUCAACUUGGCUUUAGAACAAACAAGCAUUUCUAUGUGGGGUCAUAUUUGUAUAAUAUAUAAUCGACUUUCUCUCUUAAGAGAGAGCAUCGUGUAGAUUGUAAUAUCUGUCAAUCGUAUCUAUAUAGAAGAAAAAUGAGAAUUUUAAAAUGAUUUGCCAAAUUUACUAUAUGAAACGAAUUAGUACAAUUUAAAAAAACGACGAAAAGAAUUAGCUCGUUUUUCGCAUAUACUCGUAUAUGGAGGACCUACAAACGCUUUUAUGUGAUGUUAUUUUAUGUGAUGUUAUAUAUAGACUAUGGAAAAAAGAAAAUGUACAUUUUUAUUGCUCAAAAUGAUACGAACAAUGCUUUAAAUUAAUGAUUUUAUUCAUUUUAAACGUUGUUCAUUUUAAUGCAGUCACAUGAAGAAGAUAAAUGUGCAGAGCGCAUGUCAAAUCGUAAAUUAUUAAAAACUGAUAAGUCAAAAUGAAUCGCGUUAAGAGAUAAAAUAUACGAUUCGUUAUUAUUUCGAAAAAAUAAAUUAUAAAUAAAAGUUUUCUAAUAGAAUAUAAUACAUUUCUAAUGUUAGGAAAGCUUCUAGAGAUUGACUAUUUACUAAAUAUGAUAAGUAUAUUAAUAUCUGGCUUGUUUAUAUAGAUAUUAUAAUUUAUAUAUAUACAUAAAAUAUAUAUAGCGAGAAUUCUUAUUGAGGAAGAAUUCUGAAAAUAUAAAUAAAAAUGAUAAAUAUUACAUGUGUAUUAAAAUUUAUUAUAUAUGCGAGUACAUGUUAUUCUGUGAGAAAUUUCAUUGUUAUACUCAUUACAACGAUAAAACGAAGGAA